CUACUUUCCUUUCCUGUCUUUUUGCUUUUAAUAGUUUCAAUAAAUAGGAAAAUUUUUUGUAACUAGUCUCCAGCAAUUUCCUCAAUAGUUAAUAUAAUUGAUUCUCUCAACUGUCAACAACUAGUGACAACCACUAAUACUAAUCAAUAUCCAGGGUCUGUAUUCCCUACAACAGAAGAGAACAUUUUAGCUCUUUCUUUGAUCAUGGCUUUCAGGUAGUCCAAUAAUUCUUAAAUUAUUUCUCCUUGAUCUAUUUUCCAAAUCUGUUGUUUUUUUGACGAAAUAUUUCUUAGUAUUUUUUUGACUUUGUGAGACGUCAUAAAACAAUAAAACAGACUGUAAGGGGUAAAUUUAGGGUUUUUAAAAAAACUAUAUAUAAAUUUAGUUCAAAUUGCAAUAAAAAUACGCAAGUCAGUUUGGGAAUUUAUGGUAUUUUAAUUAAUAUAGAGGGAAGGAAAUAAGAAGGAGAGAGAGGGAAAAGGGUAUAAGAUUUCUCUGGCCUGGCCUGAGCCAAGGGGAGUUCAGAGACCUCCCAGCCACAAGGCCUUCUCUGAGUGAGGGGCCUCCUAGGAGGAUGGAGUUUUUAGGAAAGGUAAAGGAAAAAAAGGACUCAGCCAUAAACUCUGAGAGAGCUCAGGGAAGAUGCCUCACCUGAACCAUGCUAUUAAUUAUCUCCCAGUUACCUCAUCAAGGACACUCACCACCAGACCUGGACAAAAGCUACAGGCACACCAAGGCACCUCUACCGCCAAAGAGAGCCAGAGCCACCUCCCCGCGGAAAGACUGGGGAGAGAGGAAGUGAUGCGAAAUAUAUAGACCAUUUUUUACAUCACUUCCUGUGUCUCACAUCUACCAAUGGUAGCUUAAGCUUGACUUAAGACAGCCCAGGGGGUCUGUCAGUUGCUUCUGAUUUGUCAUUUGUUAGCACAUGUUAGCCCAUCCUUCUCAACACUUAAUCCUUAAGUAGGAGUGUAGACAUUCCUGUUUGUUAGACUAAGCAGGGUGGAGUAAAUCUAAAAUUCACAAAACUACCAUAAAAAUUGGGAUAUGACAAGUGGAUUUUUUCCUUUAGUGAACUUUUGUACCUCUUUUUCUAUUUGGCUAACACUGCUUUUUAAAGAGUUCCAUCAGUGCUUUUUUUUGUGCUUCUUUUACCAAGCAAUUAAUUCUCUUGUUAUGAUUUUCUUGCAUCACUCAUUUUUUCCCCACCACUCUUAUCUCUAUCUUUUCAUUGGACUUAUUGGACUUGAGUCAUAUUAGCACUUUUUCUUUGGUAGGGGAAUUAUUGGGUUUUGCUUGUAGCUAUUUUCACAUUAUUGCCUCUUUCUGAGUUUAUUUCUUGGUUCUCUGCCAUCCUAUUACCUUUUUGUGGUCAAGUUUUGUUUGUUUUUGUUUGCUCAUUUUCCCAGCCUUUUCUUGGCUUUGUAUUUAUGUUAAAGUUGGGGUAUGGUCACCUAGGGGUGGAGAGACUUCAUUCCAAGCUUCAGGCUUUUUUGUGCUGCUGUUUUCAGAGCUAGUUCUUGGGGUCUGCAAGUAUUGGGUCCUUCCAAGGUGAUCUGACCUGGCAAAAGUAUGGUCAUUGCUCUCCUGGUCUUUCCUGUGGUCUUUACCCAGAGGGCCUCUGUUCCUCUGUUACUUCAAGCGCUUGUGUUUCAACCAGUUGUGACCAGUUGUCACACCCCACCCCCACCCCCACCAUUGAGAGCUCUUGAAGCUGUUGCUGCUUGUUGUUGUUACCCCCACAUGUGUGGUACUAUAGAUUUCUCCUUUGGACUUUUAAGUUUACUUUUACUGGAAAAAUGUCUCAUUCUGACCUUUUGUUGGCUUGAUGCUUUAAAAGAGUUAUCCGGACAUAAGAAUAUUGUGGGUUACUUGGACUGUGCUAUUAAUUCAGUUAGUGAUAAUAUAUGGGAAGUACUCAUCUUAAUGGAAUACUGUCGAGCUGGACAGGUGGUGAAUCAAAUGAAUAAGCGAUUGCAGACAGGUUUCACAGAGCAGGAAGUGCUACAGAUUUUUUGUGAUACCUGUGAGGCUGUGGCUAGGCUACAUCAGUGUAAGACUCCAAUUGUGCACCGUGACCUCAAGGUAGAAAAUAUUUUGUUGAAUGAUGGUGGAAACUACGUCCUUUGUGAUUUUGGCAGUGCAACUAAUAAAUUCCUUAAUCCUCAGAAAGAUGGGGUCAAUGUAGUAGAAGAAGAGAUUAAAAAGUAUACGACUCUGUCAUACAGAGCUCCUGAAAUGAUCAACCUUUAUGGAGGGAAACCUAUCACCACCAAGGCUGAUAUCUGGGCAUUAGGAUGCUUACUGUAUAAGCUUUGCUUCUUUGCUGUUCCUUUUGGCGAGAGUCAGGUUGCUAUUUGUGACGGAAGCUUUACUAUCCCAGACAAUUCUAGUUAUUCUCAUAACAUUCACUGUUUAAUAAGGUAUAUGCUUGAACCAGAUCAAGAACAUAGGCCUGAUAUUUUCCAAGUGUCCUAUUUUGCUUUUAAAUUUGCCAAAAAGGAUUGUCCAGUUUCUAACAUCAAUAACUCUUCUCUUCCUUCAUCUCUUCCCGAACCUUUGACUGCUAGUGAGGCAACUGCUAGGAAAAACCAAAUAAAAGCCAGAAUAACAGAUACUAUUGGACCAACAGAAACCUCAAUUGCACCGAGACAGAGACCAAAGGCUAAUUCAAGCACUGCCAAUCCUAAUGUGUUAGCAAUUCAGAGCUCAGCCACACCAGUUAAAGUACCUGUUCCUGGUGAAAUUGGUAACCAUAGGCUGAAAGGAACAUUGAGACUUGGAAACAGUCAAGAGAUGGUGUUGACUCAGGGUCAGCAGCCUCCCCAGCAACAUAGAGUGCUCCAACAGCUACAGCAGGGCGAUUGGAGAUUGCAGCAACUUCAUCCUGUACAUCACCCUCUCCAUUACCAGCACCAACAGUUAUUGCAGGAUGCAUAUAUUCAGCAGUAUCAGCAGGCAGUGCAGCAGCAGCAGCAGAUAGUGCAACAACAAUUUUUAAUGCAGUCACUGUAUCAGCAACAAUCAUCUACUUCUCAGUACCCUGCACUGAUGCAGCAGUAUCAGCAGACUUUCUCACAGCAGCAGAUGUUUGCACAGCAGCAGCAGCCUCAGCAGCAGCAGUCACCUGAGUAUCUCACUUCCCCUCAAGAGUUCUCACCAGCCUUAGUUUCCUGCCCAUCAUCUCUUCCUUCCCAGGUUGGAGCUAUAAUAGACUCUUCUUACAGUGCCAAUAGGUCUGUUCCUGAUGCAGAGGCAGCCUAUACUUUCCCAAAUCAAAACAUGAAUAACCCACCUGACAUGUCGGGCUGGAAUCCAUUUGGAGAGGACAAUUUCUCUAAACUAACAGAAGAGGAACUCUUGGACAGAGAAUUUGACCUUCUGAGAUCAAACAGGUUCGAGGAGAGAACAUCCUCAGAUAAGAAUGUAGACCCACUUUCUGCUUCACAGAACCAUCCUCCAGAAGAUCCUUUUGGUUCUGUACCUUUCAUUUCUCACCCAGGUUCUCCUGAAAAGAAGGUUGACCAUUCAUCUAGCAGUCAAGAAUAUAGCAUAGGUAAUUCCAUCAAAGAUUUCAAUACAAACCAGGUAUCAAAAGGUGACCAGAAUGGAAGAAAAAGUGAAACUUCUACAAGGGGACAUAUUCAGAAGAGGAGUGAUGAAUCUGAGAGUGAUUUUGAAUCAGAUCCCCCAUCUCCUAAGAGUAGUGAUGAUGAGGAACAUGAAGAUGAAGACAUUCUUCAGGGAGAACAAGGAGAUUUCAAUGAUGAUGACACUGAACCAGAGAAUUUGGGCCAUAGGCCUCUUCUCAUGGAUUCUGAGGAUGAUGAAGAAGAAGAAAAACACAGUUCUGAUUCAGAUUGUGACCAUACCAAAGCAAAAUAUGCAGAAGUGAACCCUCUUCAUAGCUACAAAGACAGAAUUGUGAGUAGCCAUGCCAGAGGUCCUGGCAUAACCCACCCCAGCCCAACACAGUUACCUUCUGCUCUGGGAAGAGUAACCCCCAUACAGGAAUUUGAUGUCUUUGGCUCUGUCCCCUUCUUUGCACUUCAUGCUCAGCAGCCACAGCACAAAGGGACAAAUGAAAAAAACUUGUCUGUACAGACUGUUUUUCAAAAUGUGGCAAUAGAGCAGGAUGACUUUGAUGUAUUCACAAAGGCGCCCUUCAGCAAGAAGGCAACAUUACAGGACUGCUGUGGGGCAAGGUCUGAGGCACAGACUCUUCCCACAUGCCCUAAAAGUGUAGACAUAUUUGGCUGUACCCCCUUUCAACCUUUGCCCACAUCCACACAUGAAAGCGAAAGCAAGGAGGACCUUUUUGGGCUUGUGCCUUUUGAGGAGAUAGCUGGGUGUCAGCAGCAGCAAAAAGCAAAACAGCGGAACCUGCAGAAACUCUCCUCCCGCCAAAGGCGCAUAAAGCAGGAGGUAUCAAAAAGUAAUGGGAAACGACAUCAUGGGACCCCAACUAGCACAAAGAAGACUGCCAAGCCCACUUACCGGACACCAGAGAGGGCCCGCAGGCACAAAAAAGUAGGUCGGAGAGACUCUCAGAGUAGCAAUGAAUUUUUAACUAUCUCAGACUCCAAGGAAAACAUCAGUGUGGCACUGACUGAUAGUAAAGACAGAGGGAGUUCCCUGCAAUCUGAAGAGAACCUUUUGGAUCCUUUUGGUGCCAAACCCUUCCAUCCACCAGACUUGAUACGGCACCCCUCCCAUCAAGGCCUGAGUGAUAACCGUGGGGACCACAGUACGGCAUUGCCUGGGAGACCGAGGCAGAGCUCAUUACAUGGGUCUUUUCAUAGUGUAGAGGGAUUGAAAAUGGAUGACUUUGGUGCAGUGCCCUUCACAGAAUUGGUGAUACAAAGUAUCACACCACAGCAGUCUCCACAGUCCCAGCAAGGAGAGUUAGAUCCAUUUGGUGCUGCUCCAUUUCCUUCUAAGCAGUAGAUGCUUCUAACAAACUUUUUUCAUUGACUCCAAUUUUUUAAAAAAUAAAGUUUGUUUUAUGAAUUUCCAAGAAGAUAAUUUGUAUAGCUCUUUGUACCACUCAUUACUGCAGGUCAAUUAGAAUAAAUUUAAAGUUAUUUGAUUUUGUAUAAACCAAAUGGAAGAGGAAGUAUUUCAACAGGGUAGUAACUUGGGGCCCUCUGAAUGUGGAGGUGUCUUCUGAAGAGGAGAAAGUGGAGUAGAUAUGAGCCCUAAAAGUCAUUUUUAGCUGCUAAUUUUAUGGCACAGAAAUGAAGGUUAUUUCACUAAAACAGUGAUUAGAGCCUUUGAGGAUAAAAAUUAACUUCUGCACUUUGUGCUGCUUUUCCAAUCCUGUGCCAAUAAAGGAGGAUGGAAAAAAGGUUUAACAUUUUAUAUGUAAUAAGAAGGUGACUCUUGGAUACACAACUCUGGCUCAGUAAGAAUCCAACAUUAGGAAUUCAAUGGACACCCAGGCUGAGUCAAAACAAAUUAAAUUCUGAAACAAUUAGAUAAUUGUAGGUUUUUGUGUAGAACUCAUUGGCUUCAGAUCUUGUACAUGCAGAGCCAGAGGUGACUGACUUGUGCCUGACAUCUUUUAUUCUUUACAGUAAGUGCCAUUAAUAUAUUUAAGAAUUACACAAAUGCCUAAAAUGGAAACUAAAGAUAAGUUGGUUUUGAAGAAAAUUUUUAAAAGCAUGAAUGUAGGAAAACUGAAUAGCAGGGAAACUGCCAGCAUAAUCAGCACUUUUGAAAAUAUUCAUGAAUUAUGACAGGCUGAUUUAGCCAGUGCUUCAGAUGCCCCCAGAAAAGAGCAAAAUGUUGGUAUAACUAGGAGUGAGGACAAACAAAACAGAAUUAUGUAGACAUUUUAUUCUAUGAAAAAUUAGGGCAUGUAGCUAAAAUAAUUUCAUUUCAUGAAUAAUUUCUUUGCAGAAAUUGUAUAUGUAAAUCAUGUUAUAUUUAACAUUGUCAAAUUACUAUCAUUUAUUGUUGCUCAUGUGAAAAUUACUUUAGUUUUAGAAGGUAAUGUUUGCCAAGUGCACCAAGGUUAUGUGCAUGUAACACCAGUUAAUAGACAGGUACAACAGAGCAGCAAAUUACAGGUGAUUAUCAAAAAUUUGGUCCUACUUAAUCAGGCAACUUCAUAGUAUACCACAAAGCCUUACAGGCAGGACCCUAAACCUGCAACAAGUACCUCCAUGUCAGUUAAAGUACCUCUUUUCCAAAAGAUGCACAAAGUUCUACUAAAAGGUUAACAUGAAGCAUUAGGCACUGAGCUUAAUUUGGGUCAACCCACUUUUAGUGAAAAGAUCUUAGUUACCAAAUUAUUUUCUCUGUACUAUAUAUCCUGCUUGGAAACUUGAAAUGUUCACAGAAAUUUUCAUCAUGUCUGUAAGGUAGAAAUUACAAAUGUGAAUGACUGAUUAUCUAUGUGAAAGUAAAUAUGUACACGUAUCUCUGAUGUUCUCACUACUUUUCUUUUCCUCAUUGUCAAAAUGGAUGAAAACAAUUUAAGACUAUUUAAAAGGCUCUUUCCUGACAUAGCAACAAUUAGACAUUUCUAGACAUUUUCAAGAUAUCCCCAAAAGGGAAAUCAGUUACUAUUCUUCUUCAUUGUUUUACUGUUAUUUUAAAUUCAACUCUUUUGGAGUCCUCUGAAUGCAUUUCUAUUAGCCAUCCAGUUAAGCCUUUUUGGCAGUAGAGCCCCAUUGGGUUAUCUUAAUUUAAAGUUUUCAUGGAAAGAAGUCAGCUAACUUUGGAAAGAAACUGUGUGUGUGUGUGUGUUUGUGUGUGUGUGUGUAAAAUUUAAUUACAUAUCUAUUCCAUUCUUCCUAUUUUCUAGAAAAUGCUAAAUCAUAUUCAAAGCUGUGCUAAGGUUAAUAUACAGAAUUAUUUGUAGGAUGGUAGCAAGCUAGUAUUCUCACUUACUGCUUUGACUUAGAACUGAACAUGGUUGCUAUUAGUUUAUCAUUUGUUUUUUCUUUGUGCCAAAGGCAAAUAUGUUUGUACCUUUUUAAAAAAACAAAACAAAAUUCUCAGGUUAAUUAGAAGAAUUAACUGUUUAAGUGGAUGUCAGCUAAAAAGAAAAGAUACCGAAAUUACUUAAAAGUGAAAAGAAUUAUAUUCAACAAAUUAAAAACCCACUAUAUCGGUGGUAAGGCAUUAAUGCCAGACACUGGGAUAUAAAGUUAGGACACAAUUUGCAUGGGGAUUACAGUCAAAUGGGGGAGAAAGAUGUACACUAUUAUAUGUAGAUAUUAUUGUUGAGAUAGUGGGUAGAGAGGUGCAAGAAUUAACUUUUACGUGGCAAACUCAAGUUAUGCUAGAUAACCAGAAAAUGCCAGGCCAAAUACCUACAUAGUUCCAUAUACAUAGAUGUAUACCUAUAUGUUGGUUGAGGUUUCAAAAGAGCAUCCAUCUUCUAUGAUAGCCUUAAGUUUUUGGCUCCUGAGUAUAUGCCAGAAUUUGUUACAUUAUUAACUUCUGAGAAGGGAGAUGUGCAUGUCCUUAGUAAUUCUAAAUAGACUCUAUAGCAUGAGCAAAUUUGGCAUCAUCUCUAAUUUUUAGGUCCUAUUUACCUGUUUUUUUUUUAGUAUGGAAACACUUUCAUUGAGGUACUAAAAGCCUCUUACAUUUGCCAUGUUGUAUAAAUGAUAACUAUGUUGAAAGGUCAUAUAGACAACAUAGCACAUAUGUCAGAACUUUUUAUGAUAGACUUUUUCUCUUUUUGAAGGUAACUACUAAAUAAAAUCUGGCCUAUUAAUCAGGGGACUUCAGAGCUAUGGCAAGUUCUCUAGAUGCUGAGCCAUUUUCCAAGGACAGAUGAGCCACUUAUCUCUCUUCUCAUAUUCUUGUUACUCUGUCCCUUAGAAAAGGGCCUAAGUGCAGAUUACCCCAGUAUGCAAAGUCCACAUUAACAUAUAAGGUAGUUGCUUUAAACAAUUUUCUGUUAAUUCAAGGAGUUCCCACAUGGAAUUUUAUCUGAUAAAAUCACAGGUUCUGGAGUUAUUCCAACCUUGGUUGGAACUUCAGAAGAUUUACUUUUUCUUAGGCUUUUCACUUCUUUGCUCUCUUGUACCCCUUUAGUGAUUAAGAAAAUAGUUUUAACUCCAAAUUUUAGUUCUUUUUAGCAAUACUGAAGGAUAAAGAAGGCAGUCUUUUUUUAAACUGACAAAUUCCGCUAGUCAGUUCUUUAAUAGCUUUAAUAAAAGUUGCCUGUUAUGGUUAUUUUUUAAAAACUGACCCAUUUACCUAGUUGUCUAUUUUAAUGUGUGCCAUUUUUCCUAUAAAACCAACCUGGCACAGUAGAUAGAAAGCCUAUCUUAGAAUCAAGAACUGGAUUUCCAUUCUCCUUCACAUAACUGAUUUUUGGCAAUAAAUAGGCAAGUCCCCUAAUUUCCCAUUGUUUUCAGGUAACUCACUUUAGACUAUAUUUUGCCUAACAGUUGAUGAUUUGUUCCUUACUGAGAAUUCCCUAAUAAUAGAUCUUGACCUCACUCCCCAAACUUGUUUUCAUAUUAAAAUGAAUUUAUUGAAGUAACUUGAUGGGAUCAAAUAGAUUAUAUAUAUUUGCUCAGUUAACAAAAAUUGACUUGUUUGUUGGUUGUGCAUUCAGGUAAAUAAAAAGAUGUAGAUGCUGGGAAUGAUCAAAAUUUGAAAUGAGUAUAGUGUUACUGUUCACUGACAUCAGUAAGGAAACACUGCAGCUUUCUUCCUCUCCCUCCUCCCCUCCCUCCCUUCACCUUUAUGUGUAUGUAUGUAUGUUUGUGUGUGUGUGUGUGUGUAUAAUAUUGUUACCAUAUCUGGUGGAAACAAGUGGAUGCAAUAGUAGUCAUAUCUCAUUUGACAGUGAUUAUUAAGUGACCCGUCAUCCUUAAAUAGAAAAUUGUUAAAGAGCUUGCUCUUUAUUUAAAUGCUCAUUAGGACUUGCAGAUCUCAGCCACUCUGCUGACUUUUCUCUUCUGAGAUACUAAAUAUUGCUCAUUGGCACUGGGUAUCACAAAGGUUCAAUGGCACUAGAAUCCCCUGGUCUGUUUUAACGGUGAGCAAAAAUACUAGCUUUGAGGGAUCCGGGGUGUAUAAUGCACAUAUACGUGUUGUGGUGGUGACCUUUUCAUUUCCACACUGUUUUUGUUGUGAUUGUAAAACUCCCCUUAAUGGAAGUACUUUUUUCACUUAUUCAGAUCCAGGUAUUGAGAUGACACAUCUACUGUGAGAAUGAGAUGACAUGUUUACUGUGAGAACACAACUGAUAGUUUAUCUGAAAAUUUUUAUACUCACAUAUUUAUAAACAUAUACACAUACACAUGCAUGCACAUAUCAUUUUACUACUGUAGAGUUAAUGUGAAUUUUUUAAAAAUGUCAUUGCAACAACAAUCAUUUUCAUCUGACUAGGAAUCAGUUCCUAGUGAGUGAGUGAGCAAAAGCCACUAAAUUGAAAAGCAGGAUGCAAUGCAAAGGGAUUAAUGUUAGGUAUGUUUUUUUGGUUUUGUUUUAAGUACUGCUACUUUUGAAUGAAAGAAAAAUAAACAAAUGUUUCUAAUACAAA